GCCAAUCGCGUGGCAGCGCGUGAGGCCGUGGCCACCCGCCGGGACCCUCUGGGCUCCGCGGCUCCUGAUGCCCAGCGCCUGGGCCAUGGCCUCCGAAAAGCUCCAGGUGGUGGUCACCUGCACCGCGCCGGUCAACAUUGCGGUCAUCAAGUACUGGGGGAAGAGGGACGAGGCGCUGAUCCUGCCCAUCAACUCCUCACUGAGUGUUACUCUGCACCAGGACCAGCUAAGAACCACCACAACUGCUGCCAUCAGCAAGGACUUCACGGAGGACCGCAUCUGGCUGAAUGGCCGGGAGGAGGCUGUGGGGCAGCCGCGCCUCCAGGCCUGCCUGAGGGAGAUCCGCCGCCUGGCCCGGAAGCGGAGGAGCAUGGAGGGUGAGGGUGCACUGCCUCUCAGCCUCAGCUAUAAGGUGCAUGUGGCCUCUGUGAACAACUUCCCCACGGCUGCAGGCCUGGCGUCCUCAGCAGCGGGCUACGCAUGCCUAGCUUAUACCCUGGCCCAGGUCUAUGGGGUCGAGGGUGACCUCUCUGAAGUGGCUCGGCAGGGCUCAGGCAGUGCCUGCCGCAGUCUUUAUGGAGGCUUCGUGGAGUGGCAGAUGGGAGAACAGGCAGAUGGGAAAGACAGCAUUGCCCAGCAGGUGGCCCCCGAGUGGCACUGGCCUGAACUCCGAAUCCUCGUCCUUGUGGUGAGUGCAGAGAAGAAGCAGACUGGCAGCACGGUGGGCAUGCAGACCAGUGUGGAGACCAGCGCCCUGCUCAAGUUCCGUGCAGAGUCAGUUGUGCCUGCGCGCAUGAAGGAGAUGAUGCGCUGCAUCAAAGAGCGGGACUUCCCUGGCUUCGCCCAGCUGACCAUGAAGGACAGCAACCAGUUUCAUGCAACCUGCCUUGACACCUUCCCACCCAUCUCCUACCUCAACGACACCUCCAGGCGCAUCAUCCAGCUAGUGCACUGCUUCAACACCCACCAUGGGCAGACAAAGGUGGCGUACACGUUUGAUGCAGGCCCCAACGCUGUGAUCUUUACUCUGGAUGACACUGUGGCUGAGUUCGUGGCUGCAGUGAGGCACAGCUUUCCCCCUUCAGCAAAUGGAGACAAGUUUCUAAAGGGACUGCAGGUGACGCCUGCCCCUCUCUCCGAUGAGCUGAAAGCCGCACUGACUACGGAGCCCAGCCCUGGCAGUGUCCAGUAUAUCAUUGCCACUCAGGUGGGGCCAGGGCCUCAAGUCCUAGAUGACCCCCACGUACACCUGCUGGGUCCUGAUGGCCUGCCACAGUGGGCUGCCUGACCUCUUCCACGCCUGACCUCUUCCAUGUUGGAUCACACAUGCCAUUUGGAGAAGGAGAUGCUUGUUGGGAUUAGGGAGCUGGUGUGAUGGUCAGCCUUGCCUGUAGGGACCUGUGGGGCUGUCUGGUGAUGGUGCUGUGCUGGGGGAAGUAGAGCAGCAGUGCACGGCUCUCUAGGUAGCUGGUGGCUAGUCCCCUUCCAAGUGCCUCAUGUUCCCCAGCUGGCUGUUGAAGGGCUCCCUGACCCAAGCUCUGGGCCUUCCAGUGUUCCAAGAGGAGCUCAUCAGGGACGGGAGUCUGUCCUCCCAGUGAAGAGGCUCCACAGGCCUCAGGAACCCACAGAGGAGGCUGGCUGCUGCUGGCAGUGGCUCUGCUGAGGCUUGGGCUCCUGAACCCCAACCAUGCUGUGAAUGGGAACAUUUCUUUAUAGUGACCAGUGACCCCCCUCCCUGUGAGGGUAGAGGCUGCUGAGCCCACAGGGUGGGGUCCAUGUGGGUGUGGGCACAUGAAGGUGCUGGGCCUUCUGACACCAGGAAUAAACCAUGUUGCUGCCCACCA